AUGCAGCACUCGGAAAGAAGAGCCGCGAAGACCACGUCGACUGCUUGCCUUCGCUUACGGAUUUUUGAACUUAUAGCUCCAACUGGAUGCCUUCAGUAUUACACUGGGGUGUCGGGGCGAGUGAAGAGCUUCAAUUAUGACGGAGGGAACCGGCAUUUGAAUCGACAGAGGUAUUCCAUCUGCGUUCGAACGGAGGUCGGCUUCUGUGGGAUCACGUGGGAACAAGUGACAGUGGAUCCUCAGACCGUCCUCUCGACCCCAAACUUCGGCAACCCUGGUCUCCAAUCCGGCACCACUGUCAUUCCCAACAGCUUCCAGAUCAGCGCCACUUUCAGCAGCGGCACUUCUCAGGGACCGCAAGUCGGUUCCGACGUGACCCCAGAAGGUUCGGGAACGGGUCGUGGUCUUUGCAGCGGAGCAAAAGGUCAGACGGAUUUCAUUUCCAUUCCAUGCGGCUCUAAAGAUGGGAAACCGUUUUCCAUGGAUCCUCUCAAUCCCACUUCCACUCUUGCCUUCCCCUGUGCCGAUAAGUUUUGUGGAACUCUCUUCGGGUACGCCAGUGGCACUUUCAGUCCCCAAAGCGUCACCAGUCGAGUACAACCGUUCAUCCUUGGAGUGAAUUUCGACGAGAGAGAAGAGGUGAUGGUGGAAGCGACAGGGACGACUCCAGCGGUCUUCGAACCAGGCAUCGGAUUCCAUCUUCAAUACUACCAAGUCUCGUGCCUCAAUUAA